AUGACCGAGGAGCUUGAGGAAUUUGCGCCUCCAGAGGUUCAUCACUACAACGAGAUAGGUGAAGUUCCCUGGGAUAUUCAAAACUACUGGAAACAGCGUCAUCGCAUCUUCACCAAGUAUGAAGAAGGUGUCUGGCUGACUGAUGAUGCGUGGUUUGGUGUCACCCCCGAAUCCAUCGCAAACAAAAUCGCAGAGCACAUAUCCGCCUCUGCUCCAAAAGACAAAGUCGUUCUUAUUGACGCAUUCGCCGGAGCAGGUGGCAACAGCAUAGCUUUUGCGAAGUCUGGACGAUGGAAGCGGGUGUACGCUAUUGAGAAGAAUCCGGCUGUCCUCGCGUGCGCCAAGCAUAAUGCAAAGAUCUAUGGAGUUGAGUCAAAAAUCACAUGGUUUGAAGGGGACUGCUUUGAGAUCCUGAAAACACAUCUGAAAGACUUGGGGGCUUACAGUGUUGUUUUUGCUAGUCCGCCAUGGGGAGGUCCCGGAUACAGAUCAGACGAAAUCUUUAACCUGCACACAAUGGAGCCAUAUUCGUUGGACCAUCUUCAUAAGGAGUAUUCGGCAAUUGGCGAAGUUGGUGGAUGA